GGCUCCCUCCGGCCGAGCCAUGCCCGCGCGCGUGGAGUACAUCGCGCCCUGGUGGGUGGUGUGGCUGCACAGCGUCCCGCACCUCGGCCUGCGCCUGCAGCAGGUGGACAGCACCUUCAACCCCCGCGAUGAGAGUUACCGGGAGUCUCUGCUGUUCCUGGGGCUGGUGGCCGCCGUCUGCCUGGGCCUGAACCUCGUCUUCCUCACGGCCUACCUGGCCUGCGCGUGCUGCUGCAGGCAGGACAAUGCAGUGCAGAUCAAGCAGCGUGACUCCUGCUGUGUCACCUGGACAGCCGUGGCGGCCGGCCUCGUCUGCUGUGCUGCGGUGGGCGUUGGUUUCUAUGGAAACAGUGAGACCAGUGACGGGGUGUACCAGCUCAUCUACUCCUUGGACAAUGCGAAUCACACCCUCUCUGGGAUCGACACGCUGGUGUCCGGAACCACCCAGAAGAUGAAGGUGGACCUAGAGCGGCACCUGGCCCGGCUCAGUGAGAUCUUUGCCACCCGGGGCGAUUACAUCCAGACACUGAAGUUCAUGCAGCAAAUGGCCAGCAACAUCAUCGUCCAGCUGUCAGCGGUGCCCGUGUGGAGGGAGGUCACAGCCGAGCUGACCGAGCUGGCCGACCAGACUGGCCAUGUGGAGUACUACAGGUGGCUCGCCUACCUCCUGCUCUUCAUCCUGGACCUAGUCAUCUGCCUCCUCGCCUGCUUGGGACUGGCCAGGCGUUCCAGGUGUCUCCUGGCCUCGAUGCUGUGCUGUGGGCUGCUGGCCCUGCUCCUCAGCUGGACGUCCCUGGCCGCUGACACCGCUGCAGCAGUGGGCACUAGUGACUUCUGCGUGGCUCCCGACACCUUCAUCCUGAACACCACUGAAAGCCAGCUCAGCACAGAGGUGACCCGCUACUACCUGUAUUGCAGUCAGAGCGGAAGCAGCCCCUUCCAGCAGGCACUGACCAUCUUCCAGCGCUCGCUGACCACGAUGCAGAUCCAGGUGGCAGGACUGCUACAGUUUGCCGUGCCCCUCUUCCCCACGGCGGAGAAAGAUCUGCUCAGAAUCCAGCUCCUGUUGAACUCCUCAGAGUCCAGCCUUCACCAGCUGACAGCCAUGUUGGAUUGCCGGGGGCUGCACAAGGACUACCUGGAUGCCCUCGCUGGUGUCUGCUACGACGGCCUCGAGGGCUUGCUCUACCUGGGCCUCUUCUCCCUCCUGGCUGCCCUGGCGUUCUCCACCAUGAUCUGUGCAGGGCCUCGGGCCUGGAAGCACCUUACCACCAGGGACAGAGACUAUGAUGACAUCGAUGAUGACGACCCCUUCAACCCCCAGGCCCGGCGCAUCGCUGCCCACAAUCCCCCUCGGGGGCAGCUUCACAGCUUCUGCAGCUACAGCAGCGGCAUGGGCAGCCAGACCAGCCUGCAGCCCCCGGCCCAGACCAUCUCCAACGCCCCCGUCUCGGAGUACAUGUACGGCAGGGGCUCCUGGGGCCUCCCCUCGUGCCGUGUAGCCCUCGGGGAGAUGGGUCUGUGGGCAGCACAUCCGGGUCCGGAGAGCCAGGAACCAAGCCAUGCUCUUCGGCGGGAACCCACGCUACGAGAACAUGCCGCUCAUCGGGAGAGGCUCCCCGCCCCCCACGUAUUCUCCCAGCAUGAGGGCCACCUACAUGUCCGUGGCAGACGCACACCUGAGGCACUACGGGAGUGAGUUGCCAGCCUAGCACACUUCCAGAGUUCCCGCCUCCUUGAUCCAUUUUGGUUUUUACUCAAUUCGAAUGAGAGCUGCGUUUCUGUGAUAGAAACCAAAGGCAUCUGGAGAUGCAUGCAGGACUGCGGGAUUGGAAGCCUCCUGCUGCCGCAGAGAAUCAGCCCGGGGCCGGCUGAGAUUCCUGACCAAAGCCCCAGGCAGAUGGGGGACCCACGACUCAGACCAGCCUCUCCUUCUUCGGGCCUCUCCACACCAGAAAUGUCCCCCUGGGGCUUGGCAGCCCCUAAGCUGGGAGCCUGGUUCAGCUCACCCCUGCAUCCCACCCUGGCCAGGUGGGGAGUGGCAGUGAGGAGGGGCUGGGUCAGGCUCCAGGGUCCCAUGGCCAGGACUGUGCCUCCUGUGAGCACAGCCAGAAGCCCAGAUGACCACUCUCUCCGAGUCACCUGUCUCCUCCUGGCUGCACAGAUGGGUAGCAGUUCCCUGCAGGCAAAGGUGGAAGGGCUGAUCAGCAGAUGCUUUUAAGGGAGGCAUCAUUGUUGUUGAUAAGAUCGGACACUAUCCAAAUCAGUCUCCUGGGGCCAGAUGACCUCUUCCUGGGCCACAGAGGGAAGGUGUUGGAGACUGCAUAGGAGGCUGGUGGCUCCAGGGCCAGGGAACUGCAGCCUCGUGCCUGGUGAACUCCGCAGUGAGAGACCCGUAUGCAUGAAAGCCUGACACGUUCUUCCCGGCUCUCGGUGACCCUCUGGCCUCACUUCCAUUCCAGAAUCGAUGCUGUUUGUUCACUACACGUAGGGAUGGUCUCAGGUAUUGAUAGAUACUUUGAAAGCGACUUUAACUCUUGUUUUCCAGUGUUUUAAGUAUUUUGAUGAUCCAAAGAAUUGGAACUCGUAGUGCAUCCAGUUUUUACAGUAGCUUUGGGGCUCGUUGCUUACACCUGACUUGUAUCCCAUUCCUCAUCAGAUUUUGCUGUCACCAGCCAGUUCUUUAUGGAUCUGGAGGUGGAAGAGAGGGGAUUUUCCCAAGCAGCUGUUUGAUGGGAAUAUGGGUUCAUUCCGCUCAGAGGGGAGUCCUUUAAGAGAGGAGGUAAGGGAAAUGGCAGAGUGUCCAGGUCACCUUUCCCCUCCCUUCUGUUCUCAAGCAAGUUUGUCAGUAAAGGUUCUAGCAAAGUGGGACAACUAGGUCUUGAUGUGAAAACAGAGAUCUGUCCUACCUGUCCCUACCCCGUUGUCCCAGGCCCCUGCCCUGUACCUGUCAGGUGAGAAGGAGCUUGUUAACCAGGAGAAAAUGACCACCCAUCGUUCUGCCCACGGAGGAUGCAGGGUUGGGCCCUUUGGUGCUUCCAACAUCCUACCAACUUGCAGUGCACGGCACAGAGUCCCCACAGCCUCCACACCAAGGCAGGGACACAGGGCGGUGUGGCUUGGGACAAGGGCUCCAUUUCCAUUUUGGAAGAGCCACUUUCUCUUCAAAACCUUGACAGCAGAGUGGUUCUCAGCUUCCAGCCGAGCCCCCAUGACAGAACGGGGCCACAGGGCAACCAGGAUGCUCUCACCCGCAUUAACCUGUACAUACCGUUACCAUAAACACCUUUGUGUGGCCACGCCAUGCGCAGAUAAGGAACUCUGCGAUGUCAAGGUGUUGCUUCUUAACGUUUCAUUUUCGGCGACUAGAGAGUUGUUUUUAAUGCAUGGAAACUAAACUAGAACCCUUGGGUGGUUCCUGAAGGAGCCAGGUGGGCACACCUCUGCUUGGCACAUGUGCGCCCUCACCUGGGGGACAAAUAAACCACUUACACUAAAAUGCGA